AUGGUCCGCGAACUGUCUUGGCAAUGGCAUAUUCUUAUCUUGCUGCAAAUAGUAAGCCUUUCAUUCCAAUUGAAUCACGAAUUUGUGCCUGAGAGGGAGGAUUUGUUCAGUGACUGCACGGACAAGCCAGGAUUUCAAAACAUCGAUAAAAUAGCGGACCUUUCCCAGUUUGUCCGUAAAAGGAAUAAAAAUGGUGGAAUCGAUAUACAUGGAAACAUAACCAUGAAAUGGGAUGUACAACCGUCAGAUCGUGUGUCGGUUGAAGUUGGUAUAUUAAAGUUAGAAAAAGGAACUUGGAAACCAACCGUUUUCAAAGGGGUUGAUAAAGAUUUCUGCAAGUCGUUUUAUGACAAGAACACCAUUUACUAUCCUCAUUCGACGGAACACGUGAUCAACAAGGAGGAAGUCAAGGACAAAUGCGUAAAUAUUCCUGGGACAGUUUUAAUUGUGGAACCCUUUCAACUGAAAAUUUUAAUAAAUUACGCUGUGCCCCUAACUCCAGGACGUCACAAGGCCCUUAUAAUAUAUACUGCCUUUGACAAAGCCAAUGUUAAGCGUCCUAAUGAGAUAUGCAUGGAAAUCAUUGGCGAUAUUGUGAAAGGCUAACUUAGACUUUCACUUUAACUACUCUAUUUUUGUUGAAUUUCUAACACCCCAUCACUACAUUUUUUAUUGUUUUUAUAGAAAAGUACAUUACUUUAAAAAUAUUUUAUUCAACACAGGGGAUAUUUUUUGCACAUACUAUACAAUGAUUAUGUGCAUAUGCAAAUACACUUAAGUAUAUUGGGAUUUGGAAUAAUUUGUCUUUAAAAAUUAAUAAAAUAAAGCGCGUAAGACGCAAGCCUA